UCAGGCCAGCAAAAGCACUUCUGAAUCAUUUAUACAACACAUUGUAUCCUUGGUUCAUCAUGUAAAAGGUCCUGGAAUAUGUUUUGAAAUGCCAAAAUCCAUGUUUCAAAGUAAAAUAGCUGUUGAAAGAUACAGGCAAAGUUGAAUCUUCUGUCUUCCUGGCAAAAAAUGGCAUAAAAACUGAGUUGCUAGCUCAAAUUCCUGGGUUUCAUGGAAUUAUGAUUGAGGCACUACCCUGGUAGUGGCCGUUUCAAGUUUUAAUGAUUGGUUAUGAGACAUGUGCUGGAUACUGGGCGAGCAAUACUUCAAAUCACCUGCAGUGACCCUAAACGAGCGGUUUACUUCAUACCAGAAAGCUACUGAAGAACAUAGUACCAGGCAAAAGAGCCCUGAGAUACACAGGAGGAUUGACAUCUCUCCAAGUGCACUGAGGAAGCAUACCCGUUUAGCAGGAGAGGAGAGAGUUUUUAAAGAAGAAAUUCAAAAGGGAGAUAAAAAAUUAAGGUGUGAUUCGGCUGAUCUUCGGCAUGACAUUGACCGUCGCCGUAAAGAAAGAAGUAAAGAGCGGGGAGAUUCCAAGGGCUCCAGGGAGUCCAGUGCAUCAAGAAAGCAAGAAAAAGCACCAAAGGAUUACAAGGAAUAUAAACCUUACAGAGAUGACAGCAAACACAAAGGUAGAGAGCAAGAUCAUUCCCGGUCAUCGUCCUCUUCAGCAUCACCUUCCUCACCCAGUUCUCGAGAAGAAAAAGAGAGUAAGAAAGAAAGAGAAGACGAGUUUAAAACUCACCAUGAGAUGAAAGACUACUCAGGCUUUGCAGGAGUUAGCAGACCACGAGGGACCUUCUUUCGAAUUAGAGGCAGAGGAAGAGCCAGAGGAGUUUUUGCUGGGACAAAUACUGGUCCAAACAACUCAAAUACCACUUUUCAAAAGAGACCGAAGGAAGAGGAAUGGGAUCCAGAAUAUACCCCAAAGAGCAAGAAGUACUUCUUGCAUGAUGACAGAGAUGAUGGUGUGGAUUACUGGGCCAAAAGAGGAAGAGGUCGUGGUACAUUUCAACGCGGCAGAGGGCGCUUUAAUUUCAAAAAAUCAGGUAGCAGUCCAAAAUGGACUCAUGACAAAUAUCAAGGAGAUGGGAUUGUUGAAGAUGAAGAAGAGACCAUGGAAAAUAAUGAAGAGAAGAAGGACAGACGCAAAGAAGAAAAGGAAUAGCCUCAAGAUUGCAACAGGGAGCAGAACUUGACACAUUUUUUUUUAAACCUGAUUUUUGUUUUCAAAUAAGAAUGUAAGCAUUUUACUUAAAAUGUACUGUUUGCAAGUAGUCUAUAGAAAUUUUGUUUUAAGUCUUCAAAUAUCUUGAAAAAAAUAGUAGACUGUAUGUUGAAAAUUGUAUUGAAAUAAAGUAGAAAAUGUUCGGUAUCAUAUUUGUAACUAUCAACUUUUAAAAACCUUUGACUGUUUUUGUUACUGCAUUGUAUUUCUGCUUUGUCUAUAAGUGGUGGUCAAGUCCAGCUCUGUGACAGCUCUUAACUCGCCUCCCCUGUUAAGUGUUUGAUUCUGAAGUGAACGUUAGCUCUUCUCAGAUUCACACAAAUUCUUGAACAGGAAUUGUUUAUAGUGACCACACUAAUUAUUUUAACUGUACCCAUCAGUUUAACAUCUUUUAAAAUUUGAACACUGCAUAGUAGGGUGACUAAUUUUUGAAGAAUAUCACAAAGUUGCUAUUACGGUAAACUAGUUUCACACUUCAGCAAAUAUAUAAGGAGGACCGUAGCUUUGUUAAUAGCGAAAAAAGUACAAAUGGAAGCAAACAAUGGCUUACAAAAUCACUUGAAGAGCCUUCCCAAUAUGAAUUCAAAAUUGAAUAUUCACUUCCAUUCUUAUCUGAUAAUUUGAGUCAUGGUCUUAGAACCUAACCCUAACCCUAACUCUAACCCACGAGAGAGAAACUGGUUUGUAAUAUCAGUAUAAGUAAAAUCCUAAUUCCAUAGACAUGAUUGUAUUUAAAAAGACACACACACACACACACACACAAAAACAAAACCACAAUAAAACUUGGAAAUCCUUUUCAUGUGGAGGAAGAUUAUCGUGCAGCAUAAUGUGAUGUUCACCGUCAUUUAGUACCUGAUUGGAUAGCUUACAUGUUCAUUGGAUGCUUUGAACAGCUGUAGAUUGGUCCAUAAUAUAACUACAAGAUUAGGUAGAGACAACAUACUGUUUAGUCAUAUUUAAGUAAUUAGUUUUCUCUUAAUAUUGCCAAUAGAAGAUUUUUAGCAGGAAGCUUGUAGCACUGAUCUAAUUGUGUGCACACCCGUCAAUUGAAGUUUAUAAAAUGGCCUUUUCUUGGA